GGAAAAACGCACAUAUAACAGAUCUACAGCUUCGGCUUCUUAGACUUGCGUUCAACGAGAAUGAUAGAUCUAUAACUCACAUUUCUAUGUGAAUUUGGUCGAGUGGCCCAAAAAAGAGUGACAUAUUUCAAACGGUUAAAAGUAAAGGUAGGUUUUUGGGCGUCCCAGGGAUCCUCGAUAGUACUAACCACCCACUCACAAACACCAGGAAGUACCGGGAGAUAUGAACCGCUACAGUACCAUUUACAUUGCGAAGGGACCGACUGACUAACAGCAGCACUCAUACCGCCGUCCGAGGAGAGAGUAGAUUGAUGCAGGGGCGAUGCGGUGGACCUAUAAGAAGAGCGUUACCAUGGGAGCAGUGUUCUUCCUCCUCGCCAUCAUUUACUUCAGUCUCCCUCUGGACCUCAGGAGCACCGUGGUGGGUGGAGGAGUGGCAGCUCGGGACCUUCUCCAGCGGUGCAUCGUGGGUAGACAAGGGAGGGUACCUGCCGCUGAACGUCUCCUAUCAACUACUGGCAGGAACACCUCCUACUGAACAGAAGUACCUGACCAUCGGGCUGUGCUCAGUGAGUCGUCCUAAAGGCAGCUAUCUGAUCUCCACCUUGUCCUCCAUCUUUUCCCGCUCCUCCCCGGCAGAGCUAAACUCCAUGUUGGUGGUGGUACUGCUGGCAGACUUCGAUGCCCAAUGGAGAGCGACCACGCUGGGGGAGAUUACAGCGAACUUCCCCUCCCAGCUGAAGGCAGACCAGCUACUGGUGAUACAUGUCCCCAAGCAGUACUACCCACCAAUAACAGGCCUGAAAAGGAACUUUAAUGACAACGAUGACCGUGUGACGUUCCGCUCCAAACAGAACGUUGACUACAGCUUCCUGACACAGUUCUGCACUGGGCGGAGCCAGCUCUACCUGCAGCUGGAGGACGACGUCUCCUGCUCGCAUCACUUCCUGUCCGCCAUCAGGAGACGUGUCCAGCAAAUGGAAGUGCCCUGGGCCACGUUAGAGUUCUCAGCGCUGGGCUACAUUGGGAAGCUGUACCACUCAGAACACCUCCCACUCCUCUCGCGCUUCCUCUUCUUAUUCUACCAGGAAAUGCCCUGCGACUUCCUGUUGAGUCACUUCCGGGUGCUUUUGAUGCAGAACGAGGUGAUUCGCUUCACACCCUCACUGUUUCAACACACAGGCUCGUACUCGUCCUUCCUGGGGACCUUCAACAAGCUGAAGGAUAACGACUACGAGGAUCUCUACACUAACCCUGCUGCUGACGUCUAUAGUGACAUACCAGUCUAUAAGGACCAUGUGGCGGCCAUGGCGUGGUCCCCUGGUACUGGAACCUUCUUCUGGGGGCGGAGUCCCUCGCCAGGCAACCACCUAACCGUCACCUUCAAACAACCUGUUGUGGUUAUGGCCAUUACCGUGGUGACUGGUUCAGCAGAGGGUCGUGACCGGUUGGCGUCCGCGACCGUAGAACUGGGUCUCCACCCGGUUACCGAGAAGACUGGGUCGGGGACAACGUGCCAAGAGUUCUAUAGCGUGGGGGACCUGCAGGGAGGGAGAAUGGACAUGACAGACGUACACAAGAAGAGAUUUGGCCACGCCUCUUCCUGUCUGAGGAUAAGCGUCACAGCCAAACAGAAUGACUGGGUUAUCAUUAAGAAGAUCAGGAUUACUACGAAGGAGGAAUGAACACUCUGAACACACACUCACACACACACACACACGCGUGCACACACACACACACACACACUCUGAACACACACACACACACACACACUCACUGAACACACACACACACACACACACACACACACACACACACACACACACACACACACACACACACACACACACACACUCUGAACAUACACACACACACACACACACUCUGAACACACACACUCUGAACACACACACAAACCUUGUCUCAAAUUUUUCAAGCAUAUUUAAAUCAGGACUGAGACUUGACCACUCAAUAAGUGUUCAGAUGACCCGGAUGCUACGCUACAGGACUGUUUAGCUAAAGUGAUGCCUUGGAACUGGGAAACAGAUCCCGGGUAUCGGACGAGUCGGAGGUCUCUACCACUGGCAGGAACAAACAACUCUACCCGGAAACAAGUUCGAUCCCCAUGCCAUCUAAACAAAUUUACAACCAAACAGCUCUACAACUAGCCACAAACAACAUUCUAGGAGGAAGAUAACUCAAGAGAGACGUAACUUAAAACAUUUACCAUGCAGUUGUCCCACUGUCCAUAUUGUGGGCUUAUCUAUGAUCCAAAAUGUUUCUAUUAGGAAAGCAGAGACCAUCUGUUACCCGGGUCCCCGGAUCCAGGACACUGACUGUAUAAUCCUGCUAUUUAUUAGUGAACACCAGACUGCUUCAGCAAUCACUGUCAGGGUCAAAUGAUAUUAAACUACAGGAAUCUGAGCAACUUAAAAAGGACUUUAAAUCACUGAUUCAUACUGUACUUAAAUCAGGUAAACAAUGCAUUAUUUCAGAGGUCCAUUCCCUUUCCACGCUCUACGGAUAAUCAUUUCAGUCGUAUACGCCAGCUACACAUCUGGCAUAAAGGUUAUUGUUGUUCAAUAAGCGUACAAUAUGUGGACAAUUUUACAGCUUUCCUAUAUCUACCGAAUGUAUUUCUCCGGGAUGGAUUACGUCUGAAUAGGUAUGGUACAAGCCUUCUCUCCUCAAACCUGGUUCUCUCUAUAGACUCAUACAGAGCAUGUCAGAACUGAUAAUAUAUAGCCAUGGUGGUUGAUACUCGGGAUUGGUCGAUUUCCCCAUCAGACUAUACUCACUGCUCCCCCCACAGCUUUAAAUAGCUCUACAGGUGCUGAUGAAACCUUUUGAUGGACUUUAUGUUAUUGUUACACUAUUGUCGAGGUAUCGUGUUGCCACUUCCUCGUACAGGCAGAGGGGUAUUGUUAGAAGUAAUCUCGUCUCCAUCCAACUCAGGCCUGUCAGUAGCUACACCAGGAAGAGUCGCUCAGCUAACAUUACCUUGAAUGCUCCAUCUGAUAUGAGCUCUCGAAACAGUGGCCUUGGAAUUAUUCAUUUGAAUUCAUUCCGAUUUGUAAGUCGCUCUGGAUAAGAGCGUCUGCUAAAUGAUGUAAAUGUAAAAUGUAAAUGAAUGUUAGAAGCUUGAUUAUUAAAAAGUCUGAUUUUAUUGAAA